GGACCCUCUUCAUGGACUUGGGAACAUAAAGUGAAAUAUAAACAUUUAUAAGCCAUGCAAGGAGAAAAUUUGCGUAAAGGGACUUGGCUCCAAGAGGAAGAUGAACAAUUGACUAGCUUUGUGGCCCGUCUUGGGGAAAGAAGGUGGGAUUCCCUUGCCAAAGUAGCUGGCCUUAAGAGAAGUGGUAAAAGCUGUAGGUUAAGAUGGAUGAACUAUCUUCGUCCAAAUCUCAAGCAUGGUCAUUUUAGUGUUGAAGAAGAGCAGCUUAUUGUUCAGCUUCAGCAGGAAUUGGGUAACAAGAGAUUUUAAGUACAAAUUAGAAAUAGCAACACAAGAAGUCAACCAGAAAAGUAUUGACAUGGAUUCCAAGAAUUGCAAACAUGGAAA